AUGGAAGCAAGUGAGAUUUCGGUCAACAUUACAGUGGCUUCUAAUGGGUCUGGUGAUUACAAGACAAUCAUGGAUGCAGUAAAAGUUGCGCCAUCUAAAAGCUCAGAACGUUUUGUGAUUUAUAUCAAGAAAGGUACCUAUAGGGAAUACGUGUCUAUUCCAAGUGACAAAUGGAAUAUGAUGAUGGUUGGGGAUGGUAUCGACCAGACUAUAAUUUCAGGAAAUCGAAGCAACACCACUGGCUGGAGAACAUAUGGAUCAGCCACAUUCGGUGUUGAUGGUAAAAACUUCAUAGCAGUGAACAUGACAUUUGAGAACACUGCAGGGCCAGAAGGAGGCCAAGCUGUGGCACUUCGAUCAGACUCUGACUAUUCAGUCUUCUAUCGUUGUGGUAUAAGUGGUUACCAAGAUUCAUUAUAUGCACACAAAAAUCGCCAAUUCUAUAGAGAAUGCCAAAUAAAGGGCACUGUCGAUUUCAUCUUUGGUGAUGCAACCGCAGUCUUUCAAAAAUGUGAUAUUCUUCCAAGACAAGCUUCGCCAGGACAAUCCAACACUAUCACAGCUCAAGGCCGAGAACAAGUAAAUGCCACAGGCGGCUUUUCUUUCCAUAUGUGCACUAUAAACGGGGAUUCAGAUUUAAUUUCCUUAAACAACCCAACUCCUACAUACCUUGGUCGACCUUGGAAGACAUAUUCAAGAACUGUAUUUUUGCAAUCAUACAUGAGCAACAUCGUAAGGCCAGAAGGGUGGCUAAGGUGGAAUCCAGCCUUUGAAUCCACUUUGUUUUAUGGAGAGUACAACAAUACCGGGCCAGGUGCAAACACAGACAAGCGGGUCAAGUGGCCAGGUGUUCAUAUUUUAGAUUCAACUCAAGCUCAAAAUUACACAGUUGAUCAGUUUCUCCUUGGCAACGCAUGGUUGCCUUCCACUGGUAUACCGUUCGAUGGAGGAUUAGUAGGCUAA